CUGCUGGUUCAAAUUGACUUAAGUAUCAGAAGCGGAGACACACAAUGGAGCCGAGCACAGCACGGACACACUGCUAAAAGACUUAUGUGCGUGUUGAACAGCGUGCAUAUUUAUCUUGGUGUGGGGACAGAUUCAAACAGCGGACACUACAAAUAGUUUGGAUAGCCUUGUUUUUUUUCUUUUGCUUUUUUCAACCGUGUCUGUCAGUGAGAGAUUGCAUUCGGACAUUGAGCUGCAUCACAUAAGAGGUCAUCAUGCCUCCCACAACUCCGUACGCCGGGAAGUUCAGCUCUUGUGCUCCAUACAGCAACAACAGCAACCAUCCUCAGCCUCACAGCCCAUACCGCAACAGCACCGGACCAAAGCCCGCCAAGGAGAAUGUCUACAACGGCGCCUACUCUGCCACAGAAAACCCCUAUGACAUACCGCAGCCUCACACUUCCUACCGCAGCUCCUCUGUCUCCUCUGUGACGGCGAAGGAGCAUCACUAUGGCAGCAGCUGUGCGGUUUCGGAGAACCCAUACUCCUCGCCGCAGCCUCGCAGCCCCCGACAGCACAGCACUUCCUGUCCGGGCCGAGCGUACCGCCACACUACCACCACCACCACCAGCAGCAGCAGCGGUGGCAGCAGCAGCGAGCAGUCCUGUCGUAACAACACCGCUGCAGCAAAAGCUCGACUUUAUGGACACGGCAUCACUGCUAGCUAUGGCGAGAUGUGUUACCAUGACAACAGUUUGGUUUCAGCAUCUCUUGAGGCUUUGAUCCAGCACCUGGUCCCCACAGUGGACUAUUACCCCGAUAGGUCGUAUGUGUUCACCUUCCUGCUGAGUUCACGCCUUUUCCUGCACCCGUACGAGCUCAUGACGAGGGUUUGUCACCUCUGUGUGGAGCAGCAGAGGUCCGGAGACGCCCUGCUGGAUAAGAUUCGUUUCCGCGAGGUGGCACCCAAGCUGGUGCAGCUGCUGACCGAGUGGACAGAGACAUUCCCAUAUGACUUCAGGGACGAGAGGAUGAUGCGCUGCCUCAAGGACAUGACACACCACGUGGCCAGAGGCGAUGAGUACUCCUGGCGAGCCAUGCAGCAGAUGACCCAGCGUCUGAUCAAACGCCUGUCAGCGCUCGGCCAGUACGAGGAGGCCGUGGCGGCGCUAAAUGCCGUGGCGAUGGAGCGGCCCGCUUCCCUGAAAAGCAAACAGGCCUCGGGUCAGAGAAGCGACGUACUGAGCGUGUGCGACGACCCCUUCAUCCUUGCUCAGCAGCUCACGCACAUUGAACUGGACAGACUGAGUUUUAUCGGUCCUGAGGAGUUCAUCCAGACAUUUGCCAUGAAGGAUCCUCUGGAGAACCAUAAGGGUUUCUUUAGGAAGCGUAAAACCAGUAACCUGGAGGCCUACGUCAACUGGUUCAACAGACUGAGUUACCUGGUGGCCACUGAGAUCUGUAUGCCAGUGAAGAAGAAACACAGAGCUCGGAUCAUAGAGUUCUUCAUUGACGUGGCUCAGGAGUGUUUCAACAUCGGCAACUUCAACUCCCUCAUGGCCAUCAUCACUGGGAUGAACAUGAGUCCUGUUUCAAGACUGAAGAAAACCUGGAGUAAAGUCAACACUGACAAAUUUGAAAUCCUGGAGCACCAGAUGGACCCGUCCAGCAACUUCAGUAAUUACCGGACUGCGCUCCGUGGCGCCACCCAGCGGUCUGAGACAGCACACAGCAGCCAGGAGAAGAUUGUGAUUCCGUUCUUCAGUCUCCUCAUUAAAGACAUCUACUUCCUGAAUGAAGGCUGUGCCAGCAGGCUGGCCAAUGGCCACAUCAACUUUGAGAAACUGUGGGAGCUGGCAAAGCAGGUGAGCGAGUUCCUGGUUUGGCGUCAGGUGAUUUGUCCGUUCGACAGAGACAGACGGAUCCUCCAGUACCUCGUUACCACACCAGUCUUCAGUGAAGACGAGCUGCAUCUGGCUUCAUAUGAGAGUGAAGGACCUGAGAACAACAUGGAGAAAGACAGUCGUAGGUCUCUAAGAUCCUCCCUUCUACAUCGUGAGAAUCGGUCCUAAGAGAAGGAUCUCCUCUGCUCUGCAGACUGUAGAUGAACAAGGAUUUUUAUAAAGCUACAGAUUCCUCUUUAUGAACACAUUUUUACACUCCUGUGGCCACAUUGUAGGUCUUGAACAGACAUUGAUCUACAGUGCAGGACAACCAGUGCAGCUGGGCCCUCAUUCUUACAGAUAAGCAGAACACUAUUACCUGGGCUUUGAGAUCACAAGAAGCAUAAAUGAUUUAUAAAUCAAAUACUGAAACAGUCCUUGAUGAAAUUCAUCCAGUGCCAAAGGACCCCCAGUGCUGCAGUUAUUAUUAUAACCUACUGUCUUGUGAGUCUUCAUGGCCUGAAACCAUUUUUAAAUCCAAUGAUUCCCAAGAAGAGCUGAGAUUACUGAUGGAUUAUCGACUGCUUCUUCCUCUUCAUCAUCAGCUCUGUCUGAAGCACUUACAGGAUAUCAGAUGACUCCAGAGGUAGUCAAAAGUGUAUGGACUUUGUUUAUAUAUUCAGAGGACCUCUAUCAUGGCAACAACAGCCUCAUACCGCAGAAGCAUGAAGGGAUGGCCUUUUCUUCAAAACUCAUCGCUUACAUUGCAACAUUAGCACUGCUUCUCUGUGGGAAUGGCUGGCUGAGCUCAAUCCAAACCCACAGAGAGAGGGGAGAUCCACUCUGGAACAUCGAUUUGUAUUAUAAAUAAUGGGCUAACAACUGCUUUUAGAAGUGUUGUUGCUGCUUGUUGUCUUGCUGAGUGCUUGAUUAUAAUGCCAAUGUAUUGAGCAGAGCCACAUCCAGUCCAUUUGCUCCCACUUUGCUCACAGCACCAUUUUCAGGCUGUUUCACAGUAAACCAAGCUUAAUUUAAACACAACACAAGUCAGUGCAUCAGCCACAUAUUUCCAAACACAUUUUAGAGGCACUAUUUUCAUCAAUCACAUGCUGUUUGGUUCUAAACAUUUUGUGAUGUGUGCACUUUGGCUGCGUAGUGGUGAUGCAAAGUUGUGCGAGUGACAGCAACAUCAUGCAAAUCAAAUCAAAUGCACUUCAGUGGGGUCUUGUGUAUUGUAUUAUAGGAUUUGGUGACUCCUAUUUUAAGGCGUCUUUCUACACAGUAUUAAGUUGUAUUUUGUAUCAGAAGGUUAAAAAAUGUGUCUUCUCUUUAUGUUCUUUCUCUGAAGUUUCACCGUGAGCUUGUUGCUGGUUGGCUGGCUCUGUGUUGGUAAGCUAUUUUCUUAAUACACCAGUUCAUGUAUGACCGAUAAGUGUCUGAAUAAGGCACAAACUGAUUUGUAUAUGUGCAGCUUAAAUACAAACAGGAAGCUCA